UCUCUCCUAUCUCCCGGAGAUAAUUGUGCUGUUGCUCUUGUUUGUUGCUGUGUGUCCGGCUCGUUGUGUUUGUCGGUGCGGUGGAAUAGGAGGACUCGUCAGGUGCUUUUACUAUGUCAUCUUGGGUGAAGGUAACCCGGGGUCAACCACAGAAACCUGUUGUUAAUAAGAAGAAACCAAGUGGAAUUCCUCGCCUUCUGGACAUUAAUCCAUACAAACCCAGCCAAAAAAUCUCUUUCUCUGAGUUGUAUCCCCGAGAUGUGGAAGACCAAAACAGCUUUGAAGAACUCUUUGGGAAAAAACAUAAUUAUUCCACUGGUCCUGAGGAAUACUGUGAGAGAUACCAAUUCUCUGAAAACAGUACACAAUAUAAUUCGGAUGAUCGCAGAGAGAAGCUUUAUUUAAAAUUCUACCAGCAAAUACAGGAUGAAUACCACAAAGAGAGGCCGUCAGACUGCACAAUUGUGGCUAUCAGCAAGGAGCAAAUGGAGUACGCCACUGCCAUAGGCCAUCGAUUGCAGGAUCAUGGCCUAGUGGUGGAGAUGAUUUACUUGACAACAGAAACUGGUCUUACACGCGCCCUCCAGGAGGUUAAAAAUGACGGCUCCCCGUUUUGCAUACUAGUUGAGCAAUCAAAUGUAGCCCUCUCCUCUUGCACUGCAAUCAUUCUUCACGAUUCUAUCAAAAAUGGACAGUCCUUACUUAUGAAGUUGGAGACAAACUGCACUUACAAUAGGCAAAUACCAAACCGAGCCACCCCUGAUAAACUGUGCUCACUCGACUGCAUAGCUCCUAGAAUGCUGUGUGGGGGAGAAGAGUCUGCGGAAGUACAUCGUAAUAUGCCCAUGGAGGAUGCCCUGGCUCUGGUAGUUAAGGCAUUUGGGAAAGUUUUUGGCGAGCGUGAACAACAAGAGCGUAAUGAAAUUUCACACAAAGCGGCGGAUCUGGCAGACGACUACCUGGAGAGGGAACUCUAUGAAUCUUACACUGUCCCUCUGGACGUUAGGCACCUUCUCUUCCUCUUAAGUGAUGGCAAAUAUUUAUAUGCCGAAGAGCUGAAAGCAGUCAGUGACUACCUGAAGACCAGGAUAACUGAGCUGGAAGGCUUUGAAGAAGCGGACACUACUGAACAGGCUAAUCCUGCAUUUGAUAGUCACACCAACAGUAAAACGCAUCUUUUGGAGAAGCCUCCUCCACUUCUUCCCACUCCUGCCAGGAAUUCCUUUGGUGGGAUGGCUAAGCCUUCCUUGCUAGGUGACAGGCCAUCAGCUGGUAUCGGUCUUCUUUCCAAUCAAGGUUUUAAGAAUAUCGAACUCGAUGAUGCAGCUAAUUCCAUUUAUAAAACACUCCCCAGUGUUUCAUCAGAUGCCCUGGCGAAGCCUCCACCUCUUCUUCCUACUCCUGUCCGGACCCCAUUAAUGUCUGUAGGGAAACCACCUCUUCUAUCUGAACGAUCCUCAGGAGGACUUCUUCCUACGCCAGGAUUAUCGGCUCCGCAAGGCAAACCUCCGCCCCUUUUGGCAAUGCCAACAAAAAGACCUCCUCUGCUUGGCUAUCCACAAAUUUCUCCUGCAAAAAGACCACUACUUGGUGAAAAACCUGGUCUUCUCCCUACUCCUGCUCUGUCUGGGAAUAACACUUCACACCUCUGGCCAGUAAAACCUAAACCUUUACUCCAGUAAAUACAGAAGAUCAAGUCCUGCCAGUGACUAUUGUAUGCCCAGUUGUACUUGUAAUUCAGUAUUAGAGCAGUGCAGCAGUAACGUGUGAAUGUCCCUACAUUCCUAUAGGAGUAUUUUUUUUUCCCCCCCCUUAAUGACACGGUUACAUUUUUAUGAUCUGGACAGUGACACUUUCAUUUUCUGUGCAAUGCAACCAUGUCAGGUAGCCAGCAAAUUAUCUUUGUUUUGUUUAUAUAACAUUUUGAUUCUUUUGUCUGUCUCUUCAGAGAUUAAAGUACAAAGUUUUACAUAA